AUGUUAUCGGUAUUUCUGUCGAAAGUAGUUGUUCUAGUUUGCGGGACUCUUUAUCCUGCUUAUCGCAGUUAUAAAGCCGUCAGAAAUAAAGAUGUAAGGGAAUAUGUUAAAUGGAUGAUGUAUUGGAUAGUUUUUGCUUUGUUUACUGUCGCAGAAUUUCUUGCCGAUAUAUUCAUAUCGUUUUGGAUGCCUUUUUACUACGAAUUAAAAAUUUUAUUUGUUUUAUGGAUGCUAAGCCCAUGGACGAAAGGUGCUUCGAUAUUAUAUCGAAAGUGGGUUCAUCCGACGCUGUCAAGACAUGAACGUGGCAUUGAUUCAAUGCUGGAACAAGCAAAAUCUGAGAGUUAUAAUCAGGUUUUGCGUCUGGGCAGCAGAGGUUUAAUAUGUGCUCGCGAGGUGAUUGCAACAGCGGCAUUGCGUGGACAAGCUCAGUUGGUUGAACAGAUUCAACGUUCUUAUAGCACUAAUGAUAUUAAUAGGGAACAAGGAACGACGCGUCACAAUCGUAUAGUGGAAAUUGAAGAAGAAGAUGAGGAUUUAAAUUCACGGCAUGAAGGCAGUAAUGAAGAUACACAUUCAAUGGAAGGAGGUUCGCCUCAAUCGCCGUCGCGAUCAAAUCGUGCUAAACGUCGUAAAUCACCUACUGAAUCGAUAUCAGAAACCAUUUACAAUACAAUGCCUCGUAGGUCUACUCGUCAGCACAAAUGA